GCCAAGCUCAAACUCAUAUCCAGAUGACUGCGUUGAAAAUACAUCCGAAAACGAUGCCCUUAAAUUGGACAUUGUCCUCAUGCUUGUGGGAAGUAGAGAUGAGGUAAAAUUAUCUAUCUUCGUGGGUCAAGAACUGCAACGCCACGGUCACCGUGUCAGGGUUGCGAUCCAUUCCAUCUUUCAGUCCGUUGUCAUGAAACGUGGCCUUGAGUUCUUCUCUAUUAGCAGUGACCCAGAGCACCCCGUUGCUAGACGAGAUUCUGGUCUCAUGCCCGGCUUGGCUAGCUCCCGGAGAGUUGAAGUUCAGAAGAGCAGUAAAAUACUAAUAGACAGUCUGAAGGCUUGUUGGAUUGCUUGUACCCAUCCAGGGGUGUGGAAGGAGAAGCCCUUUCUCGCAGAAUUGAUCAUCGCCACACCACUUGCUCAUGCCCAUAUUCACUGUGCUGAGCGCUUGUCAAUUCCGCUUCACAUAAUUUCAACUACGCCCUGGACCCCAACAAGGGACUUUCCCCAUCCACUGGCACAUAUUAGCAGAAGUCAUGAGGUUGAUCACGAGGCUCAGAAUUACCUGUCUCACCUCUUGAUUGAAAAAUCUGUCUGGCAUGAGAUUUACCAUGUAGUUGAUUACUUUAGAAGAGCAGUUCUGGGCUUGCAUCGGAUUUCUAUUGAGGGAUGCGAAGAUAUGCUGCGACGUUUUGAUGUUCCCCACACAUAUCUUUUCCCAUCUGCUCUAAUCCCCAAGCCAGGAAACUGGGGCAACGGAAUUAGUACUUUCCCAUCUCCACAAGAUUCGAAGUACCGUCUAAUAUCCAUGAUAGAUAUCGCGGGCUAUAUUGCCGAAGAGAAGCAAGUUCCAUACACACCACCCGACGAUCUUGCCCGCUUUCUCAAAUCUGCAGUCGCACCAAUAUUCAUCUCGAUAGACAUCUGUCUACUAAGGAAUCCCGAGAGAUUUGUUCGAUGCAUCAAAGAGGCCUCCAAUGAAUACGGUUUUGCUUUUCUUCUACCUAGUACAUUCCACCCGGUGUGCGGGAUUUCAGAGAGCCCUGAUCUCUUUGUGUUAUUUAACGUACCGACAGAAUGGCUAGUAACUCAAGUCGAUGUUCUAUUUACUCAUGGCAACGUUCCUACGCUAUCAAUGGGACUGCGUCAUGGAAAGCCGAUUGUUUCGCUACCAAUUCUUCAAGAUCGGCCAUUCUGGUCUGCCGCCGUCUUUCAAGCUGGAGUUGGACCACCGCCUAUUCAUGAGAAGGACUUCUCUUGUGAGACAUUGGCCCAAGCGAUUCGCUAUUGCUAUCGAGCCGAGACACAAAAUGCUGUGAGUUUAGUCAAAGAUCGCAUCAACAGGGAGGAUGGUCUGAUAAAUGCCGUCGCCUCAAUCCAUCGUCAUUUGCGACGAACGCCUUGCAGUAUUGUGAAAUCUACUCUUGCAAAUUAUAGACUCAAGAACAAACGAUACAUUCAGCUUUCUGCUGUUGCAGCGGAGGUCUUGAUCAGAUCAAACGCAUUACGGCAGUCGGAGUUAGAGCUCAUUGAGCAACGAUUAUGGUGCAGCCAGGACCAUGAAACAGACGCCGUUUCAGAGAUUUCGGCAUCUCAAGUUGCGGUGGUGAAGUCUGUGGCCGUCAAGACUGUGGGAAAAGCCUUGAUCAAAUCGAUCGCCAAACCAACCGUUUCGCAUAUCGCGGAAGCGUAUAAUGGCAGAGAGGUAAGAGUCGUUUAUCAAAGAAGCCUACUUCCAACGAUAGCUAACAAAAGUACUGACAACCAGGGUAAUAGCGGCGCAGUUGCGAAGACAAGCGAAGAAAGCCAAAGAUCGAAACGUGUUAUGGCUAUUGAUGCUGCCCAAACUGUGGGCUUCAUAUCGGCCGUGUUUCUGGGAAAAGUUGCGAUGUUGCCAUUCAAGACUGUCUAUUACAUGGGAGAAACAGCGUCAUACAGCGUGAAAAGUUUGCAAGGCUCCAAUCAUCGAGAAAAGAAAGAGCUCGAGAUUGGAGAGCAAUUUGAGCCAGUGAAAUUUCAAAGGCCCGUCGAUGCGCAAAGCCCAAUGAACAGGCAACUGUCCAGAACAAUUGAGAACCUUCACGGUGAGCGAGGGAAGAGAGAUGUGAGGAUACAAGAUCCAGGAUUUGCAAAGAUGGUUCUCUCUGAAUUUGAAAACAUGUGCAAUACCAAUGCUGGUAGUGCGUUGGGCCAAGCUAACUGA